UGUAAAUUUUUAAAUUUUAUAAAUUUGUAUUAAUUAUUUUUUAUCAGACAUAAGUAUUCAAAUCAGUAAAAAUUAAAAAAAAAAUCAUGUCUUCACUUAAAACAUUAAUGAAUAUGGCAGCUUUAGACGUUUCUUUAGUGGAAAAAAACAUAGAUCAAUGCUUGGAAAUAUUAGAAAAAGAGGUAUCAGAAAUAGACGAUGAUGAUGUUGCUCAUCUAACAACCAUUCUUAAUAACAGUAAAUCAGAAAAAGUUUUUCAACUCAUUGCAGAACUUGCAAAAAAAGAACAAAAAAAUCGAGUUCAACUAGCAAAAGAAGAUUUGAUGAAAAUGUUAGUGGUGUCUUUAAUAGACAGUGAGCUCAAAGAUACUUAUCAAAUUCUACGUUCUCUUUGUAAUAUCUGUGCGGACAAUGAUAUUGGAAGUCAGAUGUUUUCAAAAGUAGGAGGUGUGUCAGUUAUGUAUGAAAAAGCAUCUAAAGUGCUUCAUUCUGAUGAUUGGGAUUUCAUUAUGUUUCCUGCUUGCAUGUGCAUACAAAAUAUUGUGUCUGACUCAGAUUUGAUCAAAGAGGAGUUUUUAAAAGCUGGUUAUUUUACUUUAUUAAAACAACUUCUUCACAAAUAUGAAACUAAUGAAAAGAACUUUAAAGUCACAGUUUCUGGAAUAUCUUUACUUGCUGACUCAGACUUGGGCAUUGAAUUAUUGGGAUGCAGUGGAAUUCUUGAAGAUAUUUGGAAAAUUAUAAAAAACUGUGGAGACAACUUUAAAAAAAUUAUUAUGGUUGAACUGCUAAAUGAUCUUGGAAAAAAAGAAAAUGCAAUUGAAUUACUAUGCAAGUCUGGAGGUGUUUUAACAUUAAUGGAAUUAGUAGAAUCACAUGGCGCAUUUCAAGAGACAGAUAGCACUGAUGAUGUUUUCAAAGAAAUGGUGGAUUUAAUUGUUAUUAUGUCUGGAGAUGAAAGUUUUAUAACAUUACUUGAAAAUGAAGAUUUGCUAAACAAGUUUGCAAAUUGGAUAAAGUCUUGUAACAAGCAUGUCCAGAUUUCUGCUGGUUUAAUGCUAGGAAAUUAUGCUCGAAGUGAAGAUACUUGUGAUCGUUUAAUAAAGAUGGGUAUUCAUGUUUCAUUAAUCACUGAAAUAAAUCAAAAUUUGGAAAAAGAAGAUUAUGAAGAUCGCUUUCAAGCUUUUGCUAGUUGCUUAAGAAAUCUUUGUAUACCAGUAGGUUGUAAGCAGUUGCUUGUGAAAGCUGGGUUAGCAGACACUGCUGUAGAAUUAGUUAAGAAGACAGGAUUAAGUGUUCAGUUCAAGGCUUUAGCCAUAUUGAGGUUGUUGGUACAAAACCAGAAUGAUCUAGCAGUUAAGUUAUGUAAUGAUGGUGAACUAUUAAAAAAAAUCAAGUUGCUUAGUGAUGUGACAAUGGUUAGUUCGACACCAGCAGAAGCUCAAAGACUAAUGGCAGCCAUUAUUAAAUAUGCUAAUCAAGAAGCUCCAAUUCGUGCUGCACUAUCAUAUGAAUGUAUUGGUUCUGUUAACUAUUUACUUAGUUCUGAUCACAUGCUUAUGCAGAAUGAGGGUCUAAUUGCACUAAUUAUGAUUGUUGCUAAUGUUAACGAUUGUGUUGAGCUUAUUAAGAAGGCUGGCAGUAUUGAAAGGCUUAUGAAAAUAAUUAAACAGGACGACGUUCAACCCCAGACAUUGUUUAAUAGCCUCACUCUAAUUCAGGCAACUGCAUCAUUGAACGGAGGAAAGGAUUUACUUGAAGAAUUUGAAGUUUACAAGGUAUUGGACUCGCUAAAAAACCAUUCUGAACAAAUUAUAAAUAAUAAAGUGAAUGAAACUUUAACUGUUAUAAGCAGAUGAUUAUUUAAAGAAAUAAUAAAUUAAUAUACAUAUUUUUUUA